GUAUGCAUGUUUGUGCGCACGCAGCAAGCAAGUCAUCUUCCUGUUUCUCCCUCUCUCUCUCUCUCUCCAUCUCCAUCUCUCUGUGAUCGACUCCCAUUCCACGAUGCUGCUCAGAGCAAAACCUAGCUUCGCUCCUGUCGGGGGAUUCAACUUUGAAAAUGUUCAGAGGAACGCCAUGCUGGAAGAGCAGAUGUCUGGACAGGGGUUCAAGGCCCCCAGAGCACGGAAGACUGGCACCACCAUCGCAGGGAUUGUAUUCAAGGAUGGUGUAAUUCUGGGAGCUGACACCAGGGCCACUGAUGACAUGGUGGUGGCCGAUAAGAACUGCAUGAAGAUCCAUCACAUCGCUCCCAACAUCUACUGCUGCGGAGCGGGCGUGGCUGCGGACGCCGAGGUCAUCACGCAGAUGAUGUCAUCGCAGCUGCAGCUGCACGCCCUGUCGACGGGACGGGCUGCCCGCGUCGUCACGGUUACCACGCUGCUCAAACAGAUGCUGUUCAGGUACCAGGGCCAUAUUGGCGCCUCCCUGAUUGUGGGCGGGUAUGAUGUGACUGGGCCACACCUCUACACCAUCUACCCACACGGCUCCACUGACAAGCUGCCCUACGUUACCAUGGGGUCUGGAUCAGCAUCUGCAAUGGCUGUGUUUGAAGACCGGUUCAAGCCCAACAUGGAGUUGGAGGAGGCCCAGCGGUUGGUUCAAGACGCCAUCACGGCCGGUAUCUUCUGUGACCUGGGCUCCGGCAGCAACGUGGACCUGUGUGUGAUCAGCAAGGGCAGUGUGGACAUCCUGAGACCCUUCGACCAGCCGGGCAAGAGGGGGCGCAAGCACGGGCAGUACCGUUAUAAGCAGGGUACUACGGCCGUCCUGACGAAGACGGUCACUCCCAUCGCAGUGGAGCUUGUAGAGGAGACUGUCCAGCGAAUGGACACGGAGUAGCGUCCACUGCGGGGACCCUCACCCGUGUAUGUGUCUCAGAGGGCUCCUACACACCCCCAGCAGCGAUGUCAUUCCAUAAAGCAGCACACUGCAUCGUUCACAGCUGAAACAGCUGAAGUUUCAGAAACAGUUUUUACCAGGAUGGUUAGUGAACAGCAGUAAAGAAGAAUGACACAGAACACACACACUAUAAGAUAUAAAAUCUAUUAUAAAAUGGUCCAAUGGUAAAAGCGUAGUAAAGCAUAGUAAAAAGCAUGCAAGGCAUAGGUAGCAUUGUAAAGACCAGUAUGGUAAAGCAUAUACAAAGACAUGCAAUUCAAUUAAAAGGAUUCUAACUUUA